AUAAAUUUGUCGACAGGUUUUUGAGAUAUUUUGUUAACUAGGAGACAAACAACCUUCACCUUCUUGGUGGGUGCAAUAACAGUAUUACUACUCUUAUUAUUACUACUUCUAUUUACUUAAAUUAAUUCUAAAGGGGGGUCCAUUGGGAAAAUAUCAUCCAAAACCGAUAAUAAUCAUUGUUAUUUAGUGAAAGGUCGAAAGUGGCGAACCUGGAAGACGCCACUUCGUUUUGUUUUUCAGUUUUGAGUCGAGUGAGUCAUCUUCCUUUAAUAAACGAUCCUUGAUGACGUGCACGCCGCGACGUCACGUCUGUUUUUUUGUUUUUUUUUAAACCAACUGGCCUCUUUUUGUCUGCUCAUGCAGAGGAUUUAAUCAGCCUGCAGACAGAUUGAUUCUCUGGAUGGUUCUGACUGAUGAAGGACCUGAUCAAUGACGCCAAUCGACAGUCAUGUCCGGUUCAACAGCUCUGUGCUGUACUGUGAGGAGGCAGCAGGGCUAAAAUUAUACCUUCUUUAUCCUAAUUGUGUCAGUCUGGUUUAGUCAAAAUGCAACAUUUUUCUUUUCAGCUUUUGGAUAAACCUGCAGACAUUUUAAACUACAAAUUGCUAAUGAUACACUUUUAGGCCUAAUAAUUAAAUUAUAAAAGAAACACUAGAUUUGCCGUCUUGUUGCCCAUAUUUAACACUUUUAAAAUCAUUUUUACAUAUCCUGUAAAAGUCAUGACUAAGAAGAGUCAUGCUAAUUUUCAUUACAGCCACUGAAUGAGAUCCUGGGACACCAUGUGAAUUCAGCUUACUGAGGUCUAGUGUAGUUUAACAUCAUACUACAAAAACCUUGGUCCAUAGCAUGUUCUUAAUGGCUUCAUAGGAGUCCCAGUUGGAUGCCACUGGUAGAGGAAUGUGGGGUGGAGCUGUGGUGAAAUUCUUCCCUGUGUGACAGACAAAGGCAUCCGUCCACCCCACCACUACCACCCUGAUAAACCAUAGUCUCUCAAAUCAGCUCAUAUUAUGUAGACAUGUCUUCAGCUUUCAUGAUAUGCAGACAACAGAACAUUAAAAACACUGACGGAGCUAAAACACAAACUGUGGAACUAAAACAAGGUGCAAAAGAUUCAACUAUCUGUAAUCUACUGCAUAAACUACAAGUACAAAUGACCAUUAACAUUAAGCUCAAAACUAUAAAUCUGUACCAAAGUAUUUGUCAACGCAUACUCGGAAAAAAGUUCCAUAAAAAUAUAAAUAAUGUAAAAUAUUAUUUUAAUAAAAUCAUAGGAUAUCAUACAAGCAAUUGUCAAUACUAUAAUUGUCACAAUGCAGGAGGUAAAUUAAUGAAAACACCACAUAGGACUCACAGUAUUACUGUAGUAUUUACUCUACAGGCAUGAUUUAUAUGAAAUUAAAUAAUAAAUAGUGUAUUCAACUUCUAAAACCUCUAAAACAUCUUAUUGAAAGCUAACAAAGAAAUAAGACAUGUGGUAACAUGUGGUAACUAGAGAUAAGAGGCAUAUUGCUGCAGCUCUACUGCAAGAGCUACGAGAGCACGAUAAUACGGGAAAAAAUUCACAUUAAGUGAGAAAGUUAUAAAAAUCCUGACCAUAUCAAUCAUGAUCAUCGGCCAAAAGACAGUGAAUUGUUGAACAAAUAGACUAAAUAGUGAAAGCUCGCCUUCAGGGACAGAUGAACACUUAAUGGGGUACUUGCUGAAGCCAAGUUUCCAGAGUGAAUUACAUCAGAACUGAAUGGACGCAGUGUCUGUACCACUUAAUUAAAUUGGAACAUUAUGAGGAUCAUGAGGCUGCUAUAUAGGGCAGGUUUCCAUUACAAACAAGGCCAAGACCAGAUGUAGCUCAACUGUAUGGAAAUGUACUGAAUGCACUGGGAAUGAAGUAGAUAAUUAAUUUAACUGGUUAUUAAUUGUCAAUUUUAUGAAUUUGAAAUGUUGUUUUUUUCUGCACAAAUUUGUUGUAUUAAGCCAUUUUGGCCACAUAGGUUGUUUACUCUGAAUGCUAUUUGCAACAAUGCUAUUUUGUUUAUAAAAGUGUGGACUUUCAUUUUCAUUUUUGACAAAGGGACUUAGGAUUUAAAAAUGGACUGUGGAGUUCAUGGGUCUACAUAUGGAAAAGAACAGGAACUGAAUUAACAAGACUGUAUGCUAGUUUAUCUCCUAUCACUACAUUUUUUUAACAUAAUAUCAUUAUCAUAAAUGUUUAAAACUGUAAUAAUAUAGGUGUUGAGACAACCCUCAAUGUACAGGUGCUUUUGAUUUGCAGUGUUACUGAUACUAUUCAGGAGACAGGGCUAUAGCCAAGAUACUGAGAAAAAUACUGAGGUCAUCCAAGUAGACUCACCGUCCCCAAAUAAUAAGGAAGAGCUUAGAAAAAAGUAAGUAUAGUUUGUAGUUUAUGUAUAUAUGUAUAUUUUGUUGUUAUUUUUGUUUGAAAAGCUGUACAAUUUUCUCUAUCCACCAGGAAUAAAUUCUGGAGGGGAAGAAAUGUUCAAUUGAUAUUUCGUUACUCUAUGUAUUUGUUCACUUUUCUUGACCUUGAAACUGAUCACAUUUGAAGACAAUGAGUCUAAACAAAUAUUGGUUUCUGCUGUUUAAAAACCCACUGUCUAAAAUGUAAACUCUAAUUCAGGUGUGCAUAUUCCCAGAAAAAAAAAACAGAGAUAAGAGGCAUAUUGCUGCAGCUUUACUGCAAGAGCAUGAUACCAGAGGAAAAAAUUGACAUUAAACCAGAAAGUUAUAAAAAUCCUGACCACAAUCAAUCAUGCAGAAGUUGUUGCCCUACUAAACAGCUGAAAUGUAUCGUAAUCCAACUGGAUUUUACAUGUUACAUCCCUCAUGUAAUCCCUGCACGUCACUUUCUAAUAUUUGCAGCGGGGGGUGCCCCGGCCGGGAAUCGAACCAUGUUUUUAUGUUAUGCGCCUGAACCAUUAAAGCCAGUUCAGAUCAAUUAUUCGCAUCGAGACUGGAUGCAACUUGCAAAAGAAUCCGUGACGUCUGAUUGUAAACGUUAUAAAACUGGGCCGUUCACGUCACAGCAACGAACAGACACAGAUGACCGUUUCCAUAGCAGCGACGUACAGUCGUUACCCCACAUUACUUCUGCGUUGAUACAUCGGCCAUCAGGGCGCCCGUAUGCUUGCAUACUUCACUAAUAAAACAGAUUCUGAUAAAGCAACGCUGCCCACCAAUAAUUGACGAUUAUCGAUUAUACGUCUUUAUUGAAAAUACCGGUUUUGUUCGCUGUGUCAAAAUGCCGAAACCCGGGAUCGAACCAGGGACCUUUAGAUCUUCAGUCUAACGCUCUCCCAACUGAGCUAUUUCGGCGAUAAAAACCGCAAUAUGCGCACGUCAAAUUUAUACACAAACACUAAAGGACAGCGUCUGAACAUUUCAAAUAUGAUAUGAAUUGAUUAACAGUAAUUACUGGACCGAUAUCGCUUGAAACAGCUUGAACCGUCAGUUAGGUUGACUUUGUGUCUCCAUGACUACGGACUAAUGAAACGUCCCGUACGUUACGCUGACGUAAUUUUCGCUCCCACAUUCAGCGCAGAGGCUGCUGGGAAGAAAAGGUCAAGAAUCGACGCCAGUGGACGCCGAUCUAACGCUGGCAAGAAAGACUAUCGCUUUGUUGAGAGAAAAAAAACCAAUGCCACAGCCAAAACUGCCAAAACAACGUGUCUGUCUGCUGUGAGACCUCUGCGCGUUUUUGCUUACAAUACAGCAAAUAUUACAAUGACAUGUCGCCCGUUUUACUGAGCCUCAGUCGACACUAGCUAACGUUAGCUGGCUAGCAGCUGCAUUGUUAUUGUUUUCGCUUUUUUUUAGGUGGCCUCAUAAACAUUAGUCCCAGACGUUCCCCAGCCGAGGCAGGGGCCCGGGACUGCCUGAGUGAUGUUUUUCUGUCCGUCCCGGGAAGAUGGAUGAGAAGUCCAGCAGCAGCAGCAGCCACCACCGCCUCCUGAUCGUCCUGUUCAUGGUGUUGCUCUCUGGCGUCAUUAUGAUCCAGUAUGUGUGUCCCAGCAGGUCUGAGUGCCAGGUGCUGCACCAGCUGGGAUCCUGGUUUAAGGUGGGCAGUGCAACUGGUUCCCGGAGCAAUGAAAACCAAAACGGGCUCCAAAAGGAUCCCUACAUCGCAGAGGACGGCGCUCUGGUCCGCUUUAUCCCUCGCUUCAACUUCACCAAAGCGGACUUAAAUCGCGGUGUAGACUUCAACAUCAAAGGAGACGAUGUCAUAGUGUUUCUGCACAUUCAAAAGACAGGCGGCACCACGUUUGGUCGUCACCUGGUGCGGAAUAUUCAGCUGGAGAGGCCCUGCGAGUGCCACGCAGGUCAGAAGAAAUGUACUUGUUAUCGGCCAGGUAAAAAGGAAACUUGGCUCUUUUCCCGUUUCUCUACCGGCUGGAGCUGCGGGCUUCAUGCGGACUGGACUGAGCUGACCAGCUGCGUCCCGUCGCGCAUGGACUCACGGGAGAAUCCUAGGAACCUGCCGAGUAGGAACUAUUAUUAUAUAACUAUCCUAAGAGAUCCAGUAUCACGCUACCUAAGCGAGUGGCGUCACGUGCAACGCGGUGCCACAUGGAAGGCCUCCUUACACGUGUGUGAUGGACGUUCACCAACACUGUCUGAGCUUCCGAGCUGCUACUCAGGGGAUGACUGGUCAGGUUGCUCCUUGCAGGAGUUCAUGGACUGCCCCUACAACUUGGCCAACAACCGGCAGACCCGCAUGCUGGCUGAUCUCAGCCUGGUGGGUUGCUACAAUGUCUCUGCCAUGAGUGAGGAAGAGCGCUGGGCAUUACUUCUGGAGAGCGCUAAACGUAACCUACGUGGCAUGGCCUUCUUUGGACUGACCGAGUACCAGCGUAAGACCCAGUACCUUUUUGAACGUACCUUCAAUUUGGAGUUCAUUGCACCGUUCACACAGCUGAACGGCACACGCGCCUCCAGUGUUGAGGUACCUUCUGAGACGCAACACAGAAUCCGCCAGCUAAACCGAUGGGACGUAGAGCUGUACGAGUACGCCCGGGACCUUUUCCUGCAGCGUUUCCAGGUGGCGAGGCAGCAGGAGCGCAGGCAAGCCAGGGAGAGGCGGCAGCAGGAGAGGAGGCGGCUCCGUGGAAGGCUCACAAUGAAGCAAGGGAGGCAGCUAAAGCCCACGGAAACAACCCGCCUAGGUGACAGCCACUCUCUAGUAACUGAGGAGAACCAGAGGGGCAAAGCUGAUGAAGACAGUGUGGAGUCUGAAGCACUGCUCCCAGACUGGUGGGACCUAGAUGAGAACGGCACCAUGGAGGACUACAUGGACAACGUGGAACAGUGGUAGUAACAGGAACAAGCAGUUUGGUGUCUUAAUACUGAGUGAGCUCUGCCUUGUCUAUUGUUAAUAAUCCAAGUUAUUUUAUUAUAUGCCUUCCACUGAAUUUUCUUUUUUCUCACCAUGGACUGUUUUAAAUGACACACAUUUAUUUAUUGAUAAUGAUUGUAUAUUUUUUUUGCCACAAAUGACAUUCACAAUGGACACAUGUCCUUGACAGAAAGAAAGGCUGGUGUAGCUCCCUGCCAUCAGUGAUUGUUGUCAUUACACACAUCUGAACUCUUGUGAUGUAGCUUGAAACAAGGGGAUGUUUAUAUUUUCUUUGUUAGAAGAAACAAUGUUAAUCUUAUUUUAAUCAGAAAAUAUGCUACUGUUUGUGAUUACCAAUCUGUAUGUUUGCUAAACUGUUGUCUUGUCUGAAAUAUGUACAUUUUUAAAAUGUACUUGUUUUUAAGUGUCUUUUAAGUAACAAAAAAUAGAUACCUCAAUGUGUAGCAUAGCUGCUAAUGUUGUAAAAAUACUGAAUGUGUCCCAAAUCUACCUUUUUAUAUAAAAAUGCUUUUACAUUCACUGAA